AUGGACCUGCGAGCUGCACCAGACCCAAGGACAUUCACCACGAAAGUUGCACAGCUUCAUUCCAAAGGCAAGUCCCCAAAUGGAAAGUUUGGUUUUCACGUCCCAACAGUCCUUGGUAUUUUUGAGCGCACUGUGAAAUGGGAAUCAAGCUGGGCGCAAUGCUUCACAAACCAGCUUUGCGACGUCAUGAAAUACGACAAUGAAACGAAUGGGCAUUGGCCCCAAUUUGAAGCCGCCUGCAAUCAGAUCAUCAACGCAGUGAUUCCAAGACUUUUGGGUGUUUUACAGUCGGAUGGUCGCACCAUCGAGCCUGUUUUGAUCCAUGGUAGCUUAUGGGAACAGAACAUGGGAAUAGAUAUGGAAACAGGUGAGACGAUCGUUUUUGACGCAGGCUGCACCUAUGCCCACAACGAAAUGGAAUUCGGAACAUGGCGUGGCACAUGGGCCUACCACUUUCAGAAACCCAUAUACAUGCGUCUCUACCAUCAGCAUAUCCAGCCCUCGGCACCGAAGAAUGAAUGGGACGAUCGAAAUAGACUCUACAGUCUACACCCUUACCUCAAUGACUCGGCAGGUCAUCCAGGGAGCAUUUCAAGGUUAAUAGCCUACAACGACAUGCUUUUUCUCUGUGAAAAAUAUGCCCCCCCUUGCUACCCUUGA